GGUCGCGCGGGCCGCAGCCAAUGGGGAGGUCGCGCGGGCCGAGCGCCGGGAGACACGGAGGGGUUGCGGUGUUCCCGCCAUGUCCGACUCGCGGGCGCGGAACGCUGCUUCGGGCUUGGGGUCCGGGAGCCGCAAGAGGACAUGGACCGAGCUGCUGGCGGGAAGGGUCAAGAGGCAACUGCACGGCCCUGGAAGGGAGUACAAGUUGCAGGAGUCAGCUGUGCGCCUCCUGAGACGCCAUCUAAACUUGAAUGACCUUUUGCUUGAGGUCGAAGGUCCAGCGUGUAAAACUCUGUGUCUCCAUCAGUUGAUGGAUCCUGAGGCCUCUGCUGAUCUUUCUAGUUCACUCAUAGGCUCUGCUUUACGGGAUCAAGCCUCGAGACUGGGUGUCCCAGUGGCUGUGCUGUCCAGUCGGACAGUGGCCUCCAGCAUCGUGCAGAUCUGUGCAUCCAGUGGGGAGCCCUCCCACAGGGUGCUGCUGAACGCAGAGCAAAGGAAGAAACUGUCUUCCCUGUUGGAGGUGGCUCAGUAUUUAUUAGCCCACAGUAUGUUCUCUCGUGUCUCCUUCUGUGAAGAACUAUGGGAAGUACAGGAUUCUUUGUUGCUUGAAGCCGUGUGGCAUCUUCACGUACAAAACGUUGUGAGCCUCCAGGAGCUGUUGGAAAGUCGUGCUGAUACUCAGGCCACGGUCGCGUGGCUCUUCAGGGACCUGUGCCUUCUGUGCGAGCAGAUGGAAGCAUCCACUCCGCACACUGAGAUCGCCAGGGCUAUGCUUUCUGAUUUUGUGCAGUUGUUUGUUUUGAGAGGAUUUCAGAAAAACUCGGAUCUGAGAAGUGUGGAGCCUGCACACAUGGCCCAGCUGUCUGCUGCCGUGCUUCAGAGGAUGCUGAUCUUCGCUCUCGAGGCACUGACCACUGGGCUGCAGGACGCAUCUCCAGCGUACAGGGCGGUGAAGAGCUGGUUUGGCGUGUUCUGUGGACAUACGUGUGGUGGGAUGACUUCAGUGGAUGCUCCAAGGAGGUUUUUCAGUCACACUCUGACUCAGGUGCUAACUCACAAGCCUGUGCUGAGAGUUUCUGAUGCUGUUCAAAUGCAGAGAGAGUGGAGCUUUGCGAAGACUUCCUGUCUGCUCACCGGUCUGUACCGCAGGCUCUUCGAGACACUACGUCCAGAGGAGUUGGUUGGCCACUUACAAGAAGUUCUGGAAACACACGAGGUGAACUGGCGGCACGUGCUCUCUUGUGUGUCCACGCUGGUGAUCUGCCUACCUGAAGCGCAGCGGCUGGUUAACGACUGGGUGGCCCGAUUGCUGGUCCGUGCGUUCGAGAGCUGCGACCUGGACAGCAUGGUCACCGCAUUCCUGGUGGUGCGUCAGGCUGCGCUGGAGGGCCCCUCUGUGUUCCCAUCCUACUCUGACUGGUUCCAGGCCUCCUUUGGGAGCACGAGGGGCUUCCACAGUGGCAGCAAGAAGACCCUGGUCUUUCUCUUCAAGUUCCUGUCAGACCUCGUGCCCUUUGAGGCUCCCCGGUAUCUGCAGGUGCACAUUCUCCAUCCACCGCUGGUGCCCAGCAAGUACCGCUCGCUGCUCGCGGACUACGUUGCGCUGGCCCGGACGCGCCUGGCUGAGCUGCAGGUUUCAGUGGAAAACAUGGGCCUCUACGAGGAUCCGUCUUCAGCCGGGGACAUCGCAGAGCCCCACAGCCAAGCGCACCAGGAUGUGGAGAAGGCCAUCACGGUGUUUGAACACACAGGGAAGAUUCCUGUCGCCGUCAUGGAGGCCAGCAUCUUCAGGAGACCCUACUACGUGUCUCACUUUCUCCCUGCCCUGCUCACACCUCGAGUGCUUCCGAGAACCCCCGAUUCCAGAGCCGCCUUGAUAGAGUCCCUGAAGAGGGCACAUAAAAUUCCCCUGUCUCUGUACUCUGCCUACUGCCAAGCCCGCUCCACUGCCGAGGAGAAGAAGCCAGAAAGUGCAGCCCCAGGAGUGAAGGGGGAUGCCGGCCGUGCAGAAGAACCGCUGGGACCGCUCGCAGCUGCGCUCAGAGAGCUCAGAGCCGCCAUGACAGACCCCUCCCAGUAUGACGUUGUCUCUGCUCAGAUGGCAGUCGUCUCUGAGAGGCUCAGCUCCGCCUUGGGCCUGGGCGAGGAGGACGGCGUCUCUGAGGUGUCACAGGUCCAGCUCGAUAUCCUGGCUCCAGGACUGGAGCCGCAGGAACAGGAGGUCGCGGACCUCCUGUUGACGUCUUUUUGUCAGAACCUGAUCGCUGCCUCCAGCUUCACCCCACCAGACAGGCAGGGCCCCUGGGCAGCUCACUUUGUGACAACCAUGUGUGGACGCAGGGUCCUCCCUGUCUUGCUCACCCGGCUCUGCCAGCUGCUCCGUCACCAGGGUCCGAGCCUGAGUGCCUCCCAUGUGCUGGGCUUGGCUGCCUUGGUCGUCCACCUGGGCGAGUCCAGGUCUGCACUCCCGGAGGUGCAUGUGAGCUUUCCUGCCCCUGCCAAGAGCCUCCCCGUUCCAGAGUUCUUCAGUAGCCUCCUGACAUUUGGAACCGCGGAGACCUUGCUCUUCUGCCUGAAAGUUUGUACGGCGGCGGUUUCUUACUGUCUGUGUAAGUCGUCUUCCCUGUCGCAAGAUAUUUUGUACGGCUCCUUAUCUCCGGCCCUCGUGAAGAAGUUUCAGUUCGUUAUGUGCAGACUGUUCUCAGAAGCCCGAGAACAUCCCUCUCAGGAGGACGCAGCCGGCCUUCCCUGGAGGCUUUUGUGCCUGCCAUCCGCAGACUGGCAGCGAGCCGCCCUCUGUCUGUGGAAACAGAGAACCUUCCAGGAACUGUUGAAGGAGAAAGAAUUUCAUUUAACUUACAGAGACUGGUUACAGCUGGAACUAGAAAUUCGACCUGAGCUUGAUUCUCUUUCAGAUACGGAAAGGUGGGACUUCCACCAGUGGGCGAUCUAUGAGCACUUCCUCCCCAAGCCCUCUGCCGCAGGGGGCUGUGACGGGGAGCUGCAGACAGCAUGCACAGUUCUUGUCGACGUGCUGAUAGACUUCUGCCAAAGUUUGAGGAGUUACAACUGUUCAGAGAAUUCCGAUUUGGUUCUUGGUAGCUGUACAGGAAAUCGGGAUAUUUUUUUCAGAUUGCAGGAGAUGGCUGCUGACCUGGAACAGGGCCCAGCGGCAUCCCAGAGUCGCUCUCGGGGGCACUUCCUUUUCACAGUGUUCCGCAGACGCCUCCAGGCUCUGGCAAGUGGGUGGGAUGUGGCCGCCCACCUGCAGAGACAGCGGGAGCUACUCGCGUACAAAUGGCUCCUCCUCCGUCUGCCCCCAUCUGUUCUCGUCGGCAGCCCCCAGGCCAGGCCGCCAGCCGCCCCUGACUGCGCGGAGUUCUUCCACUUGGUCAACUCUGAGCUGAGAAACUUCUGCUCCUAUGGAAGUGCCCUGACCUACGACAUCACUGUCCACUUCUUCCGGGGGCUCCUCAACGCCUGUUCACAAAGCAGCAACCCCUCCCUGACAGCAGACCUGAUCCUGACCGCGUGCCAGACUGAGUGCCCCCUAGUCCUGACCUCUGCUCUGCUGUGGUGGCCACGCCUGGAGCCUGAACUUCGCAGUCGGUGGACGAGAUGCUUCCAGGGCCCGCUGCCCCAAGAGCUCCAGAGGCUGUGGGAGGCCCAGCAGUUUGGCAGGAGGACUCUGAAGCCCCUCGCUGCCCCACCUGAAGGUGUUCAGAGCUGGCGGCUUUCCACCAGCAUGUGGCGUGAGGCUCCUGUGGUGACACAUCUCCCGUCUCCUAGCUGCCUCUGCCCGGACUCGACGUCCCCCCCACCUGGCCCGGCCUGGAUCUCUGCUGCGGCACUACACUUUGCAAUCCAGCAAGCUGGGAAAAACAGCAUCAAGAGUCAGCUGGAGAAGCUGGACUGCCAAAGAGAGGAGCUGCUGCUUGUCCUGUUUUUCUUUUCUUUAAUGGGCCUGCUUUCAUCACAUCUUACCCCACACUCAAGACAUCAGGCUGUUGACUCCCUGAAGGCUUUGGACAUUUGUGCUGAGGUCCUGGGGUGUUUGGAGAAGAGGAAGAUACCCUGGCUGGUGCUCUUUCAGCUGACAGAGACAGAGGGUGGCCUGGGACAUGUCCUCCUCCGCCUGGCCCCAGAUCCAUACAUCAGGCUGCUGCCGUUUGCCUUCUACAGCCUCCUCUCCUACUUUGAUGAAGAUGCCCUCAUGAGGGAAGAUGCCUUCCUGCGCGUUGCUGUCGACAUGUACCUAAAGCUCAUCUGUCUCUUCGUGGCUGGGGAGACAAGUGCAGUCUCGGCUCUAGCCAGCAGGAGCCAGGAGCUCCAGGGCCAGGGUGACCCCGUAGGCUUGAUAACAAAAGCUCGUCAUUUUCUGCUGCAAUCAAUACCUAGGUGCCCAAAAAAGAGCUUCUCGAACAUGGCAGAGCUGCUGGCCACUAGUGGAGACUGUGACCCGGAAGUGAGUGCCGCCCUCCUGAGCAGACAGCAGGCGGUACCCGAUGCUGACCUCUACCAGGAGCCCCAUCUCUUCUGACUGGACCCUGAGCAGUGCACAGCCCAGGUCCUUCGUAAAUAAUUUAUUACAAGCAUAACAUGGAGCUCUUGCACUAAAAAGUGGAUUACAAA